AUGGGCUGGAAAGAUCAUCUGAAACGCCUCAAGAAUGAGGUUGAGCAGCUGAUUGCGGAGCCGGGAUCGCAAAACUCUCAACAAUCUCAGGCCCCGCCCCCUCAACAGCAGCAGCAGCAACAAUAUGCGCCGCCACCGCAGCAGCAGCCAACGGGAGGCCAGCCUGGACAUAUCUACUGGCAGCCUCAGUUUAGACCUGAUGUGCCCGUGACUCAGGAUUGGGAUGCGAAGAUUGGCAAUGGACCGGACGGUUGGGGUAAUCAGGAGCUGCAGCACUACACUGCAGAGCAGCAGAAUGCCUUCCACACUCCGGAUGGGAAGCUCGUGCUCCGCGCCGUCGCCAACAACAGCUGCCCGAACCCCGAGCAGAAGUACACGUCUGCUCGCCUGGUUAGCAGACAGACGCUGGCGCGGGACCAGGGUGUCUUGACUGCGGUCAUUCUCUCACCAUGUGCUGAGGGUAUCUGGCCUGCUUUCUGGCUUCUUCCGCAGGAGCCGUUCGCAUGGCCCACGGAUGGCGAGGUUGAUAUCGCCGAGACCUGGAACGGCGACUGCGAGAACCACUCGUGUCUUCACUGGGGACAGCACCACGAGCCAGAUAAGCACCGUGUUCUUGGAACUAAGAUCCCGGAUAUGCAGUACCGACCCGUGAGGUACGACUUGGCUUGGCUGCAGCCUGGAGGGCACCCUGGGCAGGGCAGGAUGAUCUGGUACAUUGAUGGAAGACCUGUGAUGAAGGGCGAUAUCCCACCUGGAACGCGACCCAUGAGGGAUAUGACCAUCUUGUUGAAUGUGGCGAUGGGAGGAAAUGUGUGCGGUGGAAAGACGCCAAGAGAUGGAUACUAUGAUAUGGUCGUUCACCAGCUGUAUAUGGGAAGCGAACCGGAAUAUGGUGGAUGGCAGAGAUUUGAGAACGACUGGGCACACACGCAGUUGGGCAACACAUACUAG